CGGAAGUUGUUUACUGUUUUAGGUGAUGCUAAAUCUUGUGGCCUAGCCACGACACGCGCGAAGCGUGACCGCAAAGAGAAAGGAGGGCGAUUAGCGGCUUUGGAACGCUUGAAGAAGGCCAAGGCCGGCGAGAAGCAAAAAUAUGAGGUUGAAACUAUUACAAAUGUUUAUGAGGAACUCGAUGAAGAUGCCUACUCCAAACUUGUAUGUGAACGACAGGAUGAUGACUGGAUAGUUGAUGAUGAUGGGAUCGGUUACGUGGAAGAUGGCCGAGAGUUGUUUGACGAUGACUUGUCGGAAGAUGUCUUUGACAAUAAAUCCGAAGGCAAAGAAAACCCCCGUGCAAAUAAAGGCAAGAAAGGAGUGAAGAGUUUGGUCUCAAAGCCCAACAACAUUAAGUCCAUGUUUUUGGCCAGCACGACCAAGAAGAAAGCUGAGAAGGAUGUUGAUUUGUCCAAGGAUGAUGUAUUGGGUGAUUUACUUAAGGUUCUUCAUGCAGAGGCAUCCUCGAUACCUGCUCCACCUCCUGUUGUGGUUUUAAAGAAGAGGAAGUCUGCUGGGCUGGUAGCCAAUCCGUUUUCCAUCAAACCACCUGCACCCAAGGUUUCUUCUGUCCCCGCUCAUAAUCAUCGCACCAGCUCUGCACGAAAGCCGGCCGUCGCUGAAGAUGGAAUUGGCACCGCGGAAACAACCCAGCGUGUUUCUGUGGGAUCGUCCGUCAAAAAGGUGCAUGUGAAGCCUGUGAAGCUGGAACCGGAGGACAUUCCGCAGGACGUGGUUGUAAAGGAAGAGAGCAAUGCUGAUGAGGAUGCCCAGGACAUGGAGUUGGAUGAGGGAGACUUUGACGAGUCCAUGGACACAGAACCCGUGCCCACUGUCAAAGUGGAAAGAGAGAAAACCAUCAAAGUGGAAAGAGAGAAAACCAUCAAAAUGGAAGAACCCAAGGAGGAAGACAAAUCACUCAAAAACUCCACUUUCACUGAAUCUUGUUGGGAUCGUAUGAACCAGGAUGAAAGUGACGCUUUGGUGGUUGAGGUACAGGUGGAUGCCAGUCGUCUGCCAUUGGUGACAGAUUCAAAGGGAGAGCAAGUCGUCAGAUUCUAUUGGGUGGAUGCUUAUGAGGACCAGUAUCACCAACCAGGGGUGGUUUAUCUCUUCGGCAAAGUGUGGAUUGAAUCUGCAAAAUCGUACGUCAGUUGCUGUGUGGCUGUGAAAAACAUUGAGCGCACAGUGUACCUGUUGCCAAGGGAAAAGCGGUUAAAUCUUAAAACUGGCAAGGGUACAGAAACGCCUGUAGGUAUAAUGGAUGUUUAUCAGGAAUUCAGUGAAGCAAUUUCGGAAAGAUACAGAAUAAUGAAAUUCAAAUCCAAGAAAGUGAAGAAAAAGUACGCUUUUGAAAUUCCGGAUGUGCCUGAAAAUUGUGAUUACUUGGAAGUCAAAUAUGCGGCUGACCUGCCUCCACUUCCUUCAGACUUGAAAGGGGAAACAUUUUCACAUGUGUUUGGUACCAAUACGUCCAGUCUUGAGCUUCUGCUCCUCAACCAGAAGAUCAAGGGCCCGAGCUGGCUGGAAUUCACGUCUCCACAACUUCCCAAUCAUCCUAUGAGUUGGUGCAAAGUGGAGGCUGUGGUACUGAAACCUGAUCUCUUGACUGUCGUGAAGGAUUUGGCCCCUCCUCCUCUUAUCACUAUGGCCAUCAGCAUGAAGACGGUGCAGAAUUCCAAAACCCAUCAGAAUGAGAUUGUGGCCUUGGCAGCUUUAGUUCAUCAAAAGUUUCCACUGGACAAGGCUGCACCCCAGCCUCCAUUCCAGGCUCACUUCUGUGCCAUUUGCAAGCCCAGUGACUGCAUUUUCCCUUUUGAUUUCCGGGACGUGUUGACAAGAAAAAAUGCCAAAGUUGAGAUUGCUGCUACUGAGAGGACUCUUUUGGGCUUUUUCCUGGCAAAGAUUCACAAGAUUGACCCUGAUGUCCUUGUGGGCCAUGAUAUUUAUGGAUUUGAUCUUGAUGUCCUGCUACAAAGAAUUAAUGCCUGCAAAGUUCCUCACUGGUCAAAGAUUGGUCGCUUGAGGAGAUCUGCUAUGCCUAAACUUGGGGGCCGUGGAGGGUUUGCAGAGAAGAAUGCAGCUUGCGGCAGGCUGAUAUGUGACGUUGAAAUUUCCGCUAAAGAGUUGAUCCGGUGCAAGAGCUACAGUUUAACUGAACUUGUCCACCAGAUCCUCAAAACAGAGAGGGAUGUUAUUCCAGCUGAAAAUAUUCGACAUUUUUACAGUGACUCUCCAGGACUCGUGCGCCUGCUUGAGAAUACCUGGAUGGAUACAAAAUACAUCCUGCAGAUCAUGUGUGAACUCAACGUGCUUCCUUUAGCUCUGCAAAUAACCAGCAUCGCUGGAAAUGUCAUGUCACGAACACUGAUGGGGGGCCGUGCUGAGAGAAAUGAAUAUUUGCUGCUGCACGCUUUCCACGAGAACAACUACAUUGUGCCUGAUAAACCUUCUUUCAAAAAGCACGUGCAGGAACAUGUGGAUGAUGAUGAGGAACAUGUUGAUGGAGGUGGUGGAAAUGUGGGGAAAAUGAAGAAAAGUCGAAGAAAAGCAGCCUAUGCUGGAGGCUUGGUUUUGGACCCCAAAGUUGGCUUCUACGAUAAGUUUAUACUGCUGCUUGACUUCAACAGCUUGUACCCUUCAAUCAUUCAAGAAUUCAAUAUCUGUUUCACCACUGUUCAGAGAUCUGCCGCAAAUUCUCAGAGGAAUCUGGAGGGUGAUGAACUAGAAGAAAUUCCUGAAAUUCCCGACCAAGAUCAGGAGAUGGGUAUUCUGCCCAAGGAAAUCCGCAAACUGGUGGAGAGGAGACGGCAAGUGAAAAGCCUGAUGAAACAACCUGAUGUGAACCCUGACCUCUACUUGCAGUAUGACAUCAGGCAAAAAGCCCUGAAGCUUACGGCCAAUAGUAUGUAUGGCUGCCUGGGAUUUUCCUUCAGUAGAUUCUAUGCCAAACCACUUGCAGCUUUGGUCACGCACAAAGGAAGAGAGAUUCUCGUACACACGAAGGAGAUGGUCCAGAAGAUGAACCUUGAGGUUAUUUAUGGAGACACGGAUUCCAUCAUGAUAAACACCAACAGCACAAACCUGGAGGAAGUCUUCAAACUCGGAAACAAGGUCAAGAACCAAGUCAACAAGCAGUACAAGCUCCUGGAGCUGGAUAUCGAUGGUGUGUUUAAGUCGCUGCUGCUGCUGAAAAAGAAGAAAUACGCAGCCCUUGUCAUUGAGCAAACUGCAGAUGGGCGCCAUGUCACAAAGCAGGAGCUGAAAGGGCUGGAUAUUGUUAGACGAGACUGGUGUGAUCUCGCAAAGGAAACUGGAAAUUAUGUUAUCAGUCAAAUACUCUCCGAUCAGCCGCGUGACACAAUUGUGGAGAACAUCCAGAAGAGAUUAACCGAAAUCCAGGAGAGUGUUGUGAGUGGCAGUGUACCUCAGAAAUGCUUCGAAAUUAACAAGGCUCUGACCAAGGAUCCCCAAGAUUACCCAGAUAAAAAAAGCCUGCCUCACGUGCAUGUUGCCAUUUGGAUAAAUUCCCAAGGAGGACGGAAAAUAAAAGCUGGGGACACAAUAUCCUACAUAAUUUGUCAAGACGGCUCAAACCUGAGCCCCAACCAGCGAGCCUAUGCACCCGAGCAACUACAGAAACAGGAGAACCUGACCAUCGACAUCCAAUACUACCUAUCCCAGCAAGUGCAUCCAGUUGUGGCUCGAAUCUGUGAACCCAUAGAUGGAAUAGACUCUGCACUAAUUGCUACCUUGUUGGGCCUAGAUCCAUCCCAGUUUCGAAUGAAUCGCAUCGGUCUUCAAGUUGAAGAAAACGAUGUGCUGCUGGGUGGCUCGGUCCAGCUCACCGACGAAGAAAAAUACCGUGACGCAGAAAGGUUCCAGUUCGCAUGUCCCAGCUGUGGGACGGAAAACAUUUACGAUAAUGUCUUCGAUGGCAGUGGGCCACAUAUUCAACCCAGUUUAUUCCACUGCAGUAAUGUUGAUUGCGAGACGUUGCCAAGUCAGUACGAAGUGCAAAUGUGCCACAAAUUAACUUUGGACAUCAGGCGACAUAUCAAAAGAUAUUAUAGUGGAUGGCUCGUUUGUGAAGACCAAACAUGCCAAAAUCGUACUCGUCAGCUUCCAUUGAGGUUCUCGCGUAACGUUCCAUUAUGCCAGACUUGUGCAAAGGGUGCACUUAAGCCAGAGUAUCCAGAUAAGGCCCUGUACAUCCAGCUGUGCUAUUAUCGCUACAUAUUUGACUGGGAUUAUGCACUGGAAAAGGUGGUCUCUGAGCAGGAUAAAGAGCUCAUAAAGAAACGGUUUGACAUUGCAAGUUACAGUAAAGUUUUCAAGAAAUUCAAAGGAAUCGUAGAUGACGUGCUGAAUUGGAGCAGCUACUCAGAGGUGAAUCUAAGUAAACUCUUCCAGCCUUUCUGUGCGAUCAAUAAGUGAAGGAGAUGUGGCUGCCUCACCUUUUCAAGCUGAAUGAACAACAAAAAACAAGAACAUUGAUGACUUUGGGAUUCAUGAGAGAAUUCCUCUUUAAAUGUAAUUCGUACGCGUGUAAGUGGACCUGGAAUCUGACUCGGGUUAUGGAGAAGCAAGUCGGAACAACCAAGAUGUUAGGAAAAGUCUCAAUUGUCAUUAUAGAAACUUGCUUUAAUAGAGAAGCUGAUGAAGGAGGACAACACAAGCAAGAACAGCAGUUAAACUCAUGAAGAGAUGCAAGCAAUCUAUUAAAAGGUGGCUCGGAUGAUGGUGUAUGCCUAAUGACAGUUUUGUUCUGAAAGGGUGUUCUUUGAACGCGAUUGAAUUCACUGUGCAGUCCCUUUGUAGUGGUGGAACACAGGUAUCAUUUAGUAAGAUCCAGUCUAUUGACGCGAUUGAUGUACAUUGGAUUGGGAGGCCCACAGACAAACACAGUGGGAUCCAAGUAGGCAGCUGCCAAUGCAUGAGGCAAGUACAACAAUUAUUUGAUGGAGUUCCUUUCAAUUUAAUGCUGUUUGUGAUUUCUAUAAAUAUUUCUUCCUUUUGUUUUAAAAAUAGAUGUUAUUUUUUAUGUAUGAAAACAUUUUACAUGAAUAAUGUUAUCACAUUUUGAAUAAACUCAACUCGAUGCUAUUCCUGAAACAUUUGAAACAAGUAAUUCCUGUUUAAAUAAGUGGAUAUUAUCUUUUGUUCUGAAGUAUUCUAAUAAAGUUUAUUAAAAGUA